AUGAAACAAAAAACUAUAAGCAUGGCAAGUACUAAUAGUAGCAGUAUUUACUCAGCAGAAGAUUCUUUGUCUGAUCUGCCCGAAAUUCCUUUUUACAACACAGGAGACGAAAAAGAAAAUGAUCGUCUGAGACAAUUACAUUUUAUUGUAGCUGAAUUUUAUAAAGUGGAAAGAGGUUUCGUAGAGUUAUUACAACAUAUCGGUGUAAAUUAUCCAAAAUAUUUGGAAGAAUGUCAAAGAAGAAAUGGCUAUAAAUGGUUAACCCCUUCUAAAGGUUCUCAUUCUCCUGGGGAUGUAAUUACACGAAUUACUAACCAUUUACAAAUGAUAUUAGCUGUUCAUGAAGAUUUUCUGAAUUCAUUUGAAAUUAAAUUAAGAAAAUGGGAUUCAACAAAUCCAGAUUUUGCUGAAGUUUUUAAAAAUGCUGAUUAUUUAAAAAUUUGUAAUGAUUUUUUAAAAGAAAAACGAACACUUACUGAUGAAUUUAUUCAAUAUCUAAAGGAUAAUUCAGAGUUGGCUUUGGCUACAAGGACAUUUGAACAGGAAGGAUUUACAGAACAACAUAAAAAUAAUAAUAAUAAAAUAAAUAAAUUGAUUAAAAAUAAUAUAAAUAAACAUUAUAUUGCUCUACAAUUAGACAAAGUUCAUCAAAAUAUAGUUCAAUAUAAAAGUCAAAUGGAACGUUACAAAAAAUAUUUACCUCAAAAUUGUGUUGAAGCUGAACUUGCAGAUAAAGCUUUAAGGAAAUUGGAAGAUGUUUCUAGUGGAGUAAAUCAAUAUUUAGUUGGGGCAGAUAAUAAUGAAUUAUUAGAAUUACAUCGAAGACUUCAAGGAUCUUUUGAUGUAAAGAAUAUUUUUCUGAUUUUAAAAUAA